UUCAACGUAACCUCACUUAAGUUGCUUGAGUUAACACUCAAAAUCAAAUAUAAUUCCAUUUGGAUGUGACUUUUUUGAUGUUAUGAUGUUUAGAAGGCUUUAUUUGACUCAAUUUAUUGCAAAAAGAUUUAUUCAGAGGCGUCCUGAGGUUAUGAAAGAGCGACAAACACCACAAAAUCUCCUUUGGAAAACUAUCGAAAAUACGAAAAUAAGUUUGCCUCAAGACUGGAAAAACGUAAGAAAUGAAAUUCUGAACUCUUUUCGAUCUAUUACUCCAGCAAAUAUUGACGCAAUUACUGUAAAUGUGUGUACAACAAACAAAAAAUAUGAUUUAGCCUUGAGUUACUUGGAGUUUCUUAAAACUGAAAAUAUUCAAUUAAAUUUAGCAACCUUAGGGAAUUAUUUUAAAUUGUUGCAUGCGAAAGGACUCGAGGAACAAUUUUCACCUAAGGAUGAAGAAAAAAUUUUGUUAUUAUAUGAAAAAGUAAGGAAAGAGUAUCCUAUUUUAGACCAAAGUACUUUAAAUAGUAUUAUCCAAGCUUUGUCUUUAACUAGUCAAUGGAAGCAGUGUUUAGGUCUUUUGGAUGAAAUAAAAAUAACUUCAAGUCCUACAGCUUAUUCUUAUUGUGUCAUAAUCGGGGCGGCAUUUUUACAUAAGGAAGACGAUUUGGCUUGGAAAUUACUUAACGAGGUGAUAGACAACGAUAAAACUGUUUAUUCAAUUGUGUAUUCAUCAUACUUUAAAAGAAUCGGAAAAAAAUCAGAUAAGGGUUCGCAAAUCGAAAAAAUGUUCACUUUUAUGCAAGACAAAUGUUUAAAAAUCGAGUCAAACCAAAUUGAGGAAUUUGUUGAGUCCCUAAAGUCUCUCAAGACAAUUGUACGCUCAUCUGUAGUGACUCAAAGAGGUGUGUGUAAAUUUUGUAAUUCGAAACUCUUACAAUUCGACCUAACGCAAUCCGAAUUCGACGAAAUCAAGCAAAAAAUUAUUGAUAACGUAAUCAUCGGUAAAGACGUCUAUGCUCGAACUACUGCUGAAGAAUUAUCAAAAUUCAAAAGCUUUGUUUCAAAUAUGCCGAGCUUUGACGUCGUAAUCGACGGCUUGAACGUGGCAUAUUCUGCAGGGUUGAAACAACCCCCACAAGUCACCUCCGGAUUGGUCCAAUCAGUAGUUGCACAUUUUGUUAGCCAAGGCAAAAAAGUGCUCCUUUUAGGGCGCAACCACAUGAACAAGUGGCCUCGUAACAAUUGGGGUUACAUCAAGGAAAACGCUACGAUUUUUCUGACGGAAGAUCUGUCACAAGACGAUCCGUAUCUGCUCUACUGUGCCCUCAGUUCGGGCAAAGACACGGUAAUAGUGACCAAGGAUUUGAUGAGAGGUCACAAAUUUCUUCUCAAGGACGUCCGCUUGAAAAUUUUGUUCGACCGAUGGCUGAGUCAAAGACAAUACCAACUAGUUUUUGCUAAGGAGGGUGGGAAUUGUAUUUUUAAGAAACCUCCAAAUUACACGCAUUUAGCGCAGAGGAAUGGACAUUUCUGGCACAUUCCCUGCAAAUCUGAGAGUAGGUUUAUCACAAAUAAAACGUAUUGGUUGUGUGUGCAAAAAUAAAUGACCGAUUCCUGUAAAUAAUAAUUUUAUUAAUUAAUAUUAUUAAACUAAGAAUCUUUACACCCAGUGCAAGCUAUAUUUGCAAAAAAUAAAAAAAAUAAAUAGUGAA